AUGGGCACUAAAGAUGACCGCAGUGUCGAGGUCAAAGCGGUUGCGGCCGUGUUCAUGGCGGUGGCCUCGGUAACGGUGAUUCUGCGCUGCUACGUCCGAUUGUUCGUCGUCAAGGCGUUUGGCUGGGACGAUGGCGCCAUGGUUAUUGCGAUGUUGUGGUAUCUGAUGUUCUCCAGCUGUAUGAUCGGGGGUGCUCUCUACGGCACCGGGAAGAGAUUCCACGACUUGACGGCCCAUCAGCGCGUCACGGCCAUGGAGUACUGGUGGCUCUGCGAAAUCGCCUACUGCUUCGCCUCCGUCGGCUGCAAGGUCUCCGUCUGCAUCUUCCUGCGCCGCAUCACCGUCCAACGCCUGCACAUCUGGAUCCUCUACACGGUCAUCGCCCUCACCGUCAUCGCCGGGCUGGCCUUUAUGCUCAUCAUGCUCCUGCAAUGCAAGCCCCUCGAGUACUUCUGGACCCGCACCGCGUUCGACGCCUCCAUCCACGGCUCCUGCAUCAGCAUCCACAUCGUCAUCGCCAUGACCUACGUCUACAGCGCCGUGGCCGCCCUGUGCGACUUCACCGUCGGCAUCCUCCCCAUCUUCAUGGUGCGCAAGCUGCACAUGCGCCGCCAGACCAAGAUCGCCGUCAUCGGCAUUCUGAGCAUGGCCUGCAUUGCCUCCUCCGCCGUCAUCAUCCGUAUCCCCUGGGUCAAGACCUUUGCCGACUACGACUUCCUCUAUGCCACCGUCGAUAUCGCCCUCUGGUCCAACAUCGAGGUCGGCCUGGGUAUCUCCGCCGGCAGCCUGGCCACCCUGCGCCCCCUGCUGCGCUUGAUCCGCGGCUCGAGCACCACCGACGACUACAUGUCGCCCAUGCCCGGCCAGUCGGCCUCGCGCCGCCUCGGCCCCAGCCGGGACCGCCCCAUGCCCUUGGGGUCCCUGGAUACCGACGCCCCGGGCCGCUUCCGCCCGGAUAAACUGGCGACGACCGUGACGACCGUGCAUGCGCCGGAGAGUCCGUGGGGCGGAUCGAGCGAGAACAGUAGCGAGGAGCGGCUGAAUGCCCAUCGGCCGGGGGUGCCGGGUGUCGCGGACGGCGGGGACAUGAGGCUGGGCAUCCACCGCACGUUUGAGGUGACGCAGACCUCGGAGGCCAAGUCAGCCAGUGUGAGGGAACACGUAUAG